AUGUCUGACAACGAACGCCGCCACUGGCACGGUACUGCUGGUGAUCGCCAUGAGCACCAUAAUGUGUGGAUGCAAGGUGGUGCCAAGGGUCCCAGUGCUAAGGCUCCGUGGGCUCUCACGCCUGAGAUGAUGGCUAACCUGAAUGCCCGAAAGGGCUCCGAUGCCUCCACUGCCUCAACUGGCAAUGCCAACGCCACUACCAACCAAGCCGGUUCUCCCACCGUCCCAACUGUCAGCGAACGCCGCCGCUCCAGCGCCUCAUCUGGAAGCAGCGCUGGCCUCUUCUCAAACCUGCACACCCAGAAACGCCAGUCCGAUGAUGCCGCCAUGGCAGGAAGACGUGCUAGCUGGAAUGAGCAGCAGGGUCCUACGGGUUGGUUUGGGAAGCUUUGGGAUGGUUAUACGAGAAAGUAG